AGUUUUCCGAUUUUAAUCAAGGCUGAGUCAAAAGGAAGCAAGUUGGUUAACUUUGACUUAACUUUGCAAGAUCAAUGCUAGGACAAAAAUUUCUCUAUUAAAUUCUGAGACUAGGUGCUCGAAUUCCACUCGGUGUCUCGUAGUCAAGCGAUUGCCUUCUGCUGCUGGCAUCUGGUGGGGGGGGAAAUGAGUCUCUCUAAGUGGGCCAAAGUGGGGGAAGUAGUAGCUCCUCAACCAGAGGGCAAGCCUUCCCUUGAUCGCCUGGGGUGGGUUCCUGCUGCCAUUUCAGACAGAACUGAUGCAGUUAAAGCCUGAAUUUCCUGGCAAGCUCCAGGGUAGGUUUUUCCAAAAGGCAUCUUAGACCGCGAAGGCACAGCCUUUCCAUGUCUAAUCACGAAAGCAAAGCACUGGACACACGCUUUCUGUUUCCAGCUGUGUGUUUUCUCCACACUCCAACAGAAACGUGCCAAGGUGUGACAUUUGUGAACUCCACCCCCCCCCCAACUGGGAACCGCGCACACAAAUCUGUCCUGCCUGUGGUGUGGGAGAGUGAUGAAUGGGGGCCGUUCUGCCUGGGGAGGAGGCCGGCUGUCACUCUGGCGUGCUUGCAGCCUUAUUUAUUACAUACCAAAGUAUAUAACCAGCCGGCGGACUGCAGCUCACAUCUCCAGCCCUGGCAUCUGCCCGUGGAGCCCACGGUGCCUGGGGCCGCUGCCGUCUUCCUGAGGAGGCUCCGUGGCUCUGUUUGAGAACCAUGCUCUGGAGGCAGCUCGUUUGUUGGCACCUGCUGGCUUUGCUCUGCCUCCCAUUUUGCCUGUGUCAAGAUGAAUACAUGGAGGUGAGCGGAAGAGCUAACAAAGUGGUUGCAAGGAUAGUGCAGAGCCACCAGCAGACGGGUCGUAGCAGCUCCAGGAGGGAGAAAGUGAGAGAGCGGAGCCAUGCUAAAACUGGGACUGUGGAUAAUAACACUUCUACAGACCUAAAACCCCUGAGACCAGAUGAGCUACCGCACCCCGAGGUAGAUGACCUAGCCCAGAUCACUCCAUUCUGGGCCCAGUCUCCACAAACGGGAGGACUGCCCCCAGACUGCAGCAAGUGCUGUCACGGAGACUAUGGCUUCCGCGGCUACCAAGGUCCCCCUGGACCCCCGGGUCCUCCUGGCAUUCCAGGAAACCAUGGAAACAAUGGCAACAACGGAGCCACUGGCCACGAGGGGGCCAAAGGUGAAAAGGGAGACAAAGGUGACCUUGGGCCUCGAGGGGAGCGCGGGCAGCACGGCCCCAAAGGAGAAAAGGGCUACCCUGGCAUUCCACCAGAACUGCAGAUUGCGUUUAUGGCGUCUCUGGCGACUCACUUCAGCAAUCAGAACAGUGGGAUCAUCUUCAGCAGCGUGGAGACCAACAUCGGAAACUUCUUUGACGUCAUGACUGGUCGAUUUGGGGCCCCGGUUUCAGGCGUGUAUUUCUUCACCUUCAGCAUGAUGAAACACGAGGAUGUUGAGGAAGUGUAUGUGUACCUUAUGCACAAUGGCAACACAGUCUUCAGCAUGUAUAGCUAUGAGACAAAGGGGAAAUCAGAUACAUCAAGCAACCAUGCGGUGCUGAAGCUGGCCAAAGGGGAUGAGGUUUGGCUGAGAAUGGGCAAUGGCGCGCUCCAUGGCGACCACCAGCGCUUCUCUACCUUUGCUGGCUUCUUGCUCUUUGAAACGAAGUAAAUAUAUGAAUAGACUAGCUCCACCUUGGAGAACACUUGUAGGUGAGCUGGGAUUGUUAUAUGAGGAACAAUAAAGUUGAGGAUUCUAAAAA